CCCGACAGACCACAAAAUGUGGUACUUCGUCCCGUUCGGGGGCAAAUAGUCGUUUCGUGGGAAAUCCCGAAACCAUACCCGGGCCCCAUGAACUUUUCCAUCCACGUGCUUUUUUGGAACGGGUGUCCGGACAUUGCCAACGUGACCUGUGACUGCAAGAAGACCAAGGGCGGUCAGGACAAAAUCGUCAUUUCCGUCAAGGCCGACGAACUGACCCGACACAAGAAAACCUUGACCAAGGACGACUGCAUCGUCGAAAACGCCAACUUCAUGAUCCAAGUGGUUGUGAGAAAAUACACGACUGUAGACGAAGACGCCAGCAACUGCAACCAGCCGGACGCGGAAAAGCAAACAAUUUACGGACCGCAAUUCAUGAAUGUUUCCAACUGCAGUUUCGGACCUGAAGCCAUGAGCGAUAAUGAAAACGUGUCAUCGAAAGUGUCUCCUUGCAACGAAGUUGAAUACACAGUGAAAGAUUUGAAGCCUGGAUUCUGUUACGAAGGCACCGUGGUGGCAAUUGGAGGAACGGACGACGCGAGAAGCCCCGAGGCCAAAGCGUUCUGCUAUUUGAGCAGACUCAAAUCUGCAGACAGUGCUUCAAGCGUUGGAACAUUGAUCGGAGGAAUCAUCGGAGGCCUUGUUGGUUUAGCAUCAUUAGCAGCAGUUGGAAUAUUCGUUUGGCGUCGGAUAGCUGCUCCGUGA